AUGCCUUCUUCUUUCCUGGAGGUCUCCCCGGCCGGCCAAGGCAGCACCACCACGUCCCCUGCCCCGACCCCGCGGUGCCGCGACCGGCCGCGCGCCCGCCACGCCGCGCGCCCCGCCCGGCGCCCGCCCGCCGCGCCGCGCCUAGCCGCGCGCGCCCGCCCGGCUCCGCCCGCGCUCCGCCCGGCCCUGCUCGCCGCGCCUGCCCGGCUCCGCCCCGCCCGCCGCCCCCGCCCAGCUCUGCCGGGCACCGCGCCCCGCCCCGCCCUGCCCGGCGCCGGCUUGGCCCGCCCUGCUCCGCCCAACCACGCCCGCGGCCUGCCCCACCCUGCCCGGCGCCGCCCCGGCCAGCCCCUGCCCCGCCUCGCUCCGCCGAGCCCCGCCCGCGCCGCCCCUGCCCCGCCCCGGCCAGCCCCGCCUCGGCUAGCCCCGGUCCUGCUCCGCCCCGCCCUGCGCCGCCCCACACCGUUGCGAGCUCGCCGGAAUUUGGUUGGAUUCCGGCGAAUUUAG